UGCCCAGGCGCUUUAGUCACGGCAAACAAAUUAGGAGACGUUGGCAUCCAUGCUGGGUGCAUAGGUCCCCGGCUCGACACGUCAUUGAGUUUUAUUACGGAAGCAACACCAUCAAAAAAGAAAGGUUCAGCCUGCACGGUGGCACCUAUUACAAUCCUGCUAACGUUGGUUCUAAUAUUACUGAUGCAAUCACAGCAUUGACGGAUUGGCUCAUCGGCUCAAGGUCUUCCUUGCAUACAAAGGAUCUGCAGUUCAAAAUGUCGUAUGAAAAGCACAUGAGAUGCUUGAAACUUAUUGCGUUAGCGCAAAUUUUCUUGGACCCCAUGAUCCAGCCAGUGCUCACUGCGGGUCUGAAAUGCCCUGUUCUAGAAGCAGCGAUGGAUGUUGACUGGAAAAAGCUUGAAGGAGCACAGUGGCUGGAAUCACUGUACCACCCUAAUAAGGAGGAAGUCUGCAUCGUAAUGCGGUUUUUUCCAUCAAAUGAAACCAUGACAGUUCAGACCAAACCAGGACUCAAUGGCACUCUAUCAAGUCCCUCCGUGUUCAAGCUACAGAAGAACGGUGAUAAGCGGUAUACUUAUGCGCAGGAUAAAAAAAUUUACCAGGUUUUGGAUACGGACUAUACGUCCUGGGCCCUAAUUCACCACUGCUGGGAAGGUGCGACUGGAUCACGGUUUAUAAUAGCGCUGAAGGAACCAAUGUCUGAGGUAUCUGCGAUCACAAUGGAAAGGAUACAAAGUUCACUUGCAAAGGCUGGGCAGACGAAGAAGUUCACCUGGAAUCGUUCUGGUUGCAUGCCGGAGAAAAGAAUCAAGAGAGAGCCUUCUGGAAGACUGUCAUUAGAAUCGGGGUUGGUCGGAGACAAGAAUGCACCUCGUGAUAAGCUGAGCUUGGUGGAUGGCUUGGCCUCACAGAACAAGACACCUCGUGAUAAGCUGAGCUUGGUGGAUGGCUUGGCCUCACAGAACAAGGCGCCUGGGGAUAAGCUCAGCUUGGUGGACGGCUUGGCCCCACAGAACAAGGCGCCUGGGGAUAAGCUCAGCUUGGUGGACGGCUUGGCCCCAGAGAAGAAAGCACCUCGUGAUAAGCUGAGCUUGGUGGAUGGGGUGGUUCCGGGUGGUAAACAAAACUGAGUGGAUAAAGUUUUAGGUAAUAGCAAAAAUGAAAAAUAAAUGCCAAGAACUGCUUAGAACAAUAAAACUGAAGUACUUUUCGGC